AUGGGAUCAAUUGGAGUGACCGAGAGUAGCCCACUUGAACGGCUUAACCGUCCCAUUGCAGUCAAGCAGCCUAAUGGCUUUGCUGCUAUGCCCCUGGGGGACGCCAUGACUCCCGACUCCUCUCUGUCGAAAACUCUCCAGACGGACGGUCUGAACUACGAUCCCGUUGUUAUCGUGGGCAUGGCCUGCCGACUUCCUGGUGGAGUCAACUCUCCCGACGACUUCUGGGAGAUGCUUGUGAACGAGCGAACCGGACGAUGCAAGGUCCCAAAGGAACGGUUCAAUGUUGACGGCUUCUUCCAUCCAGAGGGUGACCGAUCCGGCGUGAUGAACACAGAGGGGGGAUACUUUCUCCAGGAGGACCCGAGACAGUUUGAGAAUUCCUUCUUUGGUAUCAACAAUCUCGAAGCUACCUACAUGGAUCCUCAGCAGCGUAAACUGCUUGAGGUUGUCUACGAAUGCUUCGAGAGCUCUGGGGCCACACUCUCCGGCAUUGCAGGAGCUAAUAUUGGUGUGUAUGUCGGCAACUUCACUGUCGAUUUCCAGACCAUGCAGGCUCGCGACCCUGAGUCGCUGCAUCGAUAUAGUGCCACUGGCUCGUGCACGGCUAUCCUUUCCAACCGUGUCAGUUACAUUUUUGACCUCCGCGGCCCUAGCUAUACCCUGGAUACCGCCUGCUCGUCAUCGAUCUACUGUUUGCACAAUGCAGCGCGCGCUCUGAUUAGUGGCGAGUGUGAUGGUGCCAUCGUGGCUGGUGCCAACUUGAUUACGGGGCCUGAGCAGCACCUAGGUACAUCGAAGGGAGGUGUCCUCUCUCCUACGUCGACAUGCCACACGUUUGACGCGAGUGCCGAUGGAUACGGCCGUGCUGAGGGUGUGAGUGCGUUAUAUCUCAAGAGGCUGUCGGCUGCUAUUAAAGAUAGCGACCCGAUCCGCGCUGUGAUCCGGGGCACCGCUAUAAAUGCAAACGGAAAGACAUCUGGUAUAACGCAGCCUAGUGUUUCGGGCCAGGAGGAGGUUAUUCGCAAGGCAUAUCGCAUGGCUGGACUCACGGUGCGGGAUACCGAUUAUGUGGAAUGUCACGGUACCGGAACGGCUGUUGGCGACCCUAUGGAGGUCGAAGGUCUGAGCCGCGUCUUCCAGGGCUCGGAUCGUCACUAUCCUCUACUCAUUGGUGCUAACAAAACCAAUGUCGGCCACAGUGAAGCCGCAAGUGGGAUCACAGCCAUCAUCAAAUGCGUGCUUGCAUUUGAAAAGCUGUCCAUUCCGGCCACAGUAGGAUUGACCAAGCUCAACCCAAAGCUGCACCUGGAUGAGUGGAACAUGCAAAUUGUCACCAAGGCUACUAAUUGGCCAUCACCUAUCCAUCGAGCUAGUAUCAACUCCUUCGGCUUUGGCGGCGCCAAUGCGCAUGCCAUCAUUGACUCUGUGGAGACUGCACUGCCCGGAUUCACAGCUGCAAGGAGUUCAAAGGACAGGUUGGAGGACUAUACAAAGACAUAUCUGCUCCCACUAUCAGCAUCGACAGCAGAAGCUCUUGAAGCCCGUGUUAAGGAUCUGGGAGCCAGCCUGAGCGUUCACAAACACGAUUUCCGUGACCUGUGUUACACCUUGGCGAACCGACGCUCCAAUCUCUCCAAGAAGGGAUACGUUCUUGCUAGCCCGAGGGAGGCGAAAAAUCAGCUGGUCACCGAAGGGACAUUGGUAACCGCGAAGAGGCCUAUUCCCAAGUAUGAGCUAGGUUUCAUCUUCACUGGACAGGGAGCUCAGUGGCCAGAGAUGGGCAAGGAGCUACUCAAGAAGAGCUCCAUCUACAAGGUCACGAUCGAUUAUCUGGAUCACAUCCUUCAGAACCUCCCGGACGCCCCCACCUGGUCCAUCAAAAGCAUGCUCAUGGAACCGGCUUCCUCAAGCAAAGUUGCCGAAGCUCAGUAUUCCCAGCCCCUUUGCACUGCAGUCCAAAUCGGUAUUGUCGAAAUUCUACGCACCUGGAGAAUCACCCCCAAUGUUGUUGUUGGCCAUUCUUCGGGUGAGAUCGCAGCUGCUUUCGCAGCCGGUCUUAUCAGUGCAGCUCAAGCCAUCGUCGUUGCAUACUAUCGUGGCCUAGCCGUGAGCCACGCUACGUCCGAAGGUGCCAUGUUGGCUCUCGGAACCGGUCCUGGACGGGCAUCUAAGUUUAUCGAAGAGCUCUCACUUGGAGGAAAGGUCGUCAUUGCCUGUGUCAACUCUCCCGAAAGUGUAACGGUGAGUGGAAGCAUAUAUGGUAUCGACAUCCUUCACAAGGAAGCCGAACGGUCCGGCGUGUUUGCACGCAGGCUGCAGACUGGAGGCAAGGCAUAUCACUCCUAUAUGAUGGCGGAGAUCGGAGAUGAAUACGAGCAGCUCGUCCGCAAGGCCUGGCCUUCGCUACCCACCGUUGAACUAGAGCGUAACAGGCUUAGUGAUGGAUCUAUCUCUCUUUUCUCCAGCGUUGGCAGUGAUGGUCCCAGAUCCUAUUCUGGUAACUCAACCGCUGCCCUCGAAGCUGACUACUGGCGCAAGAACCUCGAGAACUCGGUCCAAUUUAACGAUGCUGUGCAGAACAUCCUGGAAACAGGCAAAUACCAUCUGGUUGAGAUUGGUCCUCACUCAGCUCUACAGCUUCCCAUCAAGCAGAUCCGGACGUCCCUGAAGUUGUCAGAGGAGCAACUGCCAUACAACGCCUCUCUAGUCAGAGGCAAAGAUGCCGAUACCUGCCUCAAGACUCUUGCUGGAGCCCUCUAUCUCAGCGGACAUGAGUUGGACUUCUUAGGCGUUAAUGGUAUUGACGUCCCAGAGUCACAGUUAUCUGUGAUACAUAAUCUACCACCAUACCACUGGAGCUAUACCCAGCUCCUGUGGCGGGAGUCGAGAUUGAGCAGCGACCUGCGCAGCCGUCGCCACAUCCGGCAUGAGCUGUUGGGCUCGGAGAUGGCGGCUGGAAACGGUAUCGACCGUGUUUGGCGUAACAUUUUGAAACCCAACGAGAUACCCUGGCUGGAAGACCACAAGCUAGAAAGCCAGGUCGUCUUCCCGGCCGCAGGAUAUAUUGCUAUGGCUAUCGAAGCUAUCUCCCAGAUCCAAGGAAUCACAGAGUCACAGACGACCCGUCCAAGCUUCACUGUCCGCAACGUCAACAUCGCCUCGGCCUUGACAGUCUCGUUGGAUGAACAGCAGCAAACUGAGCUCUUCACGGUCAUGGCGCCUGAAAAGAUCUCGAAAGCGAUGAUGUCCAAAUCAUGGUAUGAGUUCUCCGUCUCAUCGAUGCAGGAGGGUACCUCUGUUGUUCACUGCACCGGAAACAUCAAGGUGUCAACCGCGACCACAUGCAGCAUAAUGUCCCCUAUAGACACAUCUAAUUAUGAGAAAUGGAGCAUGGGCCCGUGGUACAAGAAACUCGCUGAGGCAGGUCUCAACUUUGGUCCGGCCUUCCAAUCCCUUAUAGCAAUGGAGACUGACCGUGCUCGCGCCAAUCCGGCCGCCCUCUCCACGACAAUCUUACGGCAGCGUGUUCCCAGAACAACGCAAUCCAAGUUUCCUGGCACGUAUUACGCUGUACAUCCUUUGACAAUCGACAGUUGUCUCCAGGCCUCGAUCAUGGGUGGAACCGCUGGGAACUUGGACAGUCUACGGGCUUACCUACCUGUCUUCUUGGACCACUGUCAGAUCGCUGUGCCGAAUCCCAAGACGGUGGAUCUGGAUUCAUCGGUUCACUCGAUCUCCGAGAGUACUGGCUUUGGCACCAAGACUAUCAACGCCGAACUGAAGGAUCAGGCUGGUGCUCCUGUUAUCAGCAUGAGUGGCGUCCGCUUGUCUCUGUAUACUGGACAGAUGGAGAAAGGAGACGAGUCCGGAGAAACGGGACGUCAUCCGUGUCUACGCGUUGUGUGGAAGCCGGAUAUUGCCCGCCUCAACAGCAAUACCGACAAGACCUCGCUGGAAAAGUAUAUCAUGCGCUUCCUGCGGGAUCAUCCCGCCCUGGCGGAGAACGUCAAGAUUGGCGUCAUUUCGGCCCUGGUAGACCUUGUUGGCCACAAGAACCCCAACAUUCGCGUGCUAGAGCUGGGUACUGGAUGUAGCUGCAAAACAAAAAGUUGGCUAGAUCUGCUUAAUAAGAGCACAGACUUCCCCCGUGUGCGAGUAUGGGAUACUGGUGUUCUGCUGGACAAUGGACAGUUGUCCAUCAUGUCAAAUGACACUACCAAGGUCGACUGGGAGGCUGCGACCAAGGCCAAGUAUGAUGUGCUGCUUCUGCCGCACGAAGAGAAGUCAAAUAUCUCUCUCUUUACCCAGAAACUAGCCGAUAUCCUCAACGAGCAGGGGGUCAUUAUCUCUCGCGAUCAUAACGUGUCUUCCAAAGUCCUUACGAAGGCCAAAUACAGUGUCUUUGAUCUGUUCUCCGGCGUGACUUUUGCUGUGGCGCCUCAGUCUACUGGCCAGCUGUCCGGUAAGGAGAUUGUUCUGCUCGAGAAUCUUACCACACCUUCCAAGCUCGCUAUAGCGCUUCAAAAGCACAUGGCCAAGUUGCCAGGUGUUACAGGAACGAAGUACAUGCGCCUAAAUGACGUUCCCGAGAACAAGGUCUGGGGCCAGUCGAGUAUAAUUAUUUCCCUUCUCGAGAUAGAAACCCCGUUCCUACCCACUAUGACACAGGAAGAGAUGGAACUUCUGAGGCGCAUCACUGAUACCGCAAUUACCCUUAUCUGGCUGUCCGGUGCCUCGACUUUGAAUGGCACGUCACCAGAUUUGACCCUCGCCAACGGCCUCUCACGCGCGUUGAUGCUCGAGCAACCAGCGCUGCGAUUCGUCACGCUGGAUAUUGGCUCACUUAGCGCCGAGGAAGACGCACACCCUACGGUGUGCACUCAGGUAGAGAAGACUUGCUUCGAAGAGGAUGUGGUGGGCGACAAGGAGUUCGUCUUGCACGACAGCCUCCUUCAUGUCAGCCGAUUUGUACCGGAUCCUAUUCUGAACGGACUGUUCCAGCAGCGAGAGGGGCAGGAAGUUGAGAUGAUGACGCUGCAAAAUGCGACACCCGCGCAUCUAGCCAUAAAACGGGUCGGUAUCACAGAUACCAUUUAUUUCCAGCAGGAGGCAGAGCCACUCACGCAGUCCUCUCUCCCCGCAGGUUAUGUCGACGUUGAUAUCAAGGCCGUUAGCCUUAACGCAAAGGAUAUCUACACGUUGUCGGGCAAGGUCGAGACUCGAAGGGGCACCACUGCCAUCGAGUUCAGCGGCGUUAUCCAAGCUGUCGCCGAAGAUGUUAUCCAUCUGGCUCCUGGAGACCGCGUCGUCGUACUAGCCCCUAAUCAUUUCCGCACGACAGAGCGAGUGCCUGCUUGGGCUUGUCUGAAGAUGUUGCCGAACGAGCGAUUUGACGUAAUGCCAACCCUGCCUGCAAUCUACAGUACAGCCCUCUAUGCUCUUGAUGAUCGUGCGCACCUUAAAGCCGGCGAGACAAUCCUGGUGCACUCCGGUGCUGGAGCCUUCGGUUCUGCGGCUAUCGCCAUUGCCCAGCAGCGCGGCGCUAUCGUGUACACCACAGUCAGCACGGAGGAAAAGAAGGACUACCUCGUUAACGAGUUGGAUGUGCCACGCGAGAACAUAUUCGCCUCGCGCGAUGACUCGUUCGUCCAGGGCGUACUUACUGCUACUAAAGGACGUGGUGUGGACGUCGUUGUCAAUUCGCUGACAGGUGAUCUCCUUCAUGCAACGUGGCAAUGCUGUGCCAAUUUUGGUCGGUUCGUCGAAGUUGGUAAGCGGGAUAUCGUUGAUGCAGGAAAGCUCGAUAUGCGUGUCUUCUUACGCAACGUCACCUUCACUGCUUUCGACUUGACCGAACUCUACUACCACGAAAAUAAGUUCUAUCGUGAUAUCUUGAUCAAUAAAUUUGGAGAGGCGCUCGAACUGUAUCGCGCUGGCAAGAUCAAGCCGGUACCCAUCACCACCUUCGACGUCUCCGAGAUAACACAAGCAUACCGUUAUUUCUCGACGAAGAACCGUGUCGGCAAAGUGGUCAUAUCUCUCGAAAACCCACAAAGCGUUGUCCAAGCUGUUCCAGCCAAAUAUCUCAGCACCUUUGACGCGAACAAGUCUUACCUUCUGGUAGGAUGCCUGGGAGGCCUGGGCCGUAGUCUAAGUCGUUGGAUGUUUAUCCGGGGUGCGCGCCAUUUCACCUUCUUAGGCCGCUCCGGAUGCGACAAGCCUGCAGCUCGUGAACUUGUUGAUAACCUCCGCGGCCUUGGUGCGAUCGUACAGGUUGUGCGUGGUGAUGUUGUGGACAGGGAAGCAGUUGAGGCUGCUAUGACGGCCUGCCCUAAGCCAGUGGGAGGCGUUAUCCAAGCAGCCAUGGGUCUGAAUGAGGCACUAUUCUCCCGAAUGUCCCACAAGGCGUGGCAUACGGGUAUUCAGCCCAAGUGGCGUGGUUCGUGGAAUUUGCACGAAGCCCUUGAGGGCCGCGACGACCAGCUUGAUUUCUUCGUCCUCACAUCCUCUGUAUCCGGCAGUGUCGGCACAGCCACGGAGAGCAACUACUGUUCUGCGAACGGUUUUCUUGACGCCUUUUCCAGAUAUAGACAGAACAUUGGCAAGCCUAUCGUGUCUAUUGGCCUUGGCAUGAUUUCCGAGGUCGGGUAUCUGCAUGAGAACCCGGAAAUUGAAGCUCUUCUGUUGCGUAAGGGUAUCCAGCCACUGAAUGAGUCCGAAUUUCUGCAGGUACUCGAUCUUGCACUUGCUCAGCAUCGUGUUCAGGAGCAGAAGGUCCCCGUCCCAGGACUCGAAUACGAUCGCCUCGCGAUCUCCCAUAUUCUAACAGGUCUCGAGCCCCAUGGUAUCCGUAAACUGCUUGACCAGGGCUUCGACGUCAACAACGGCACUAUGCAGGAUCCCCGGUGCUUACUCCUGUCUUGUGCACUGCAAUCCCCAUCCAAGGGCGAGGAACAGACCGUGCAGAGUGCGCAAGGCGCCGCGUGGGCCCAGGAACUUCCCCCGGCUAUUGUGAAGGGGAUGGGUGCUGAGGCUGUAAACAUGGCAACCCUGAACGAGGGCGUAGUGCACCUCGUCUGCAAGCGAUUCUCCAACCUGCUCCUGCUAACACAAGAUAAGAUCGACACAGCAAAGUCGAUCACCUCAUACGGAAUGGACAGCAUGAUUGCUGCAGAGUUCCGAUCAUGGUUUUACAGCGUGUUUAAGGUCGAUAUCCCAUUCCUAGAGGUCCUAAGUCCGUCAAGUACACUGCAGAGUUUGUCAGAUAUGGUUCAGCAGAAGCUCAGAAUAGCAAUGAUGCGAUCUAGUAGUGCAUCAUUUUUCUAUCAGCUAAUUGUAUCUUGCGGUAAAAUUAUACUGUACUUAGUCGGACUAGCUCUGCAGAUACUAUUUAUUGGCGAAUUGACUUUCGCUUUAGCUAGUAUUUCUAGCUUAAAGGGUUUUAUUUGGUAUAAUCUUGCAGACGUUCAAUGUCUUCGGAAACCGAAGCAAGAGUUUAAAGAGUGA